AUGGCGGGGAACGACUGCGGCGCGCUGCUGGACGAAGAGCUCUCCUCCUUCUUCCUCAACUAUCUCGCCGACACGCAGGGUGGGGGGCCCGGAGAGGAGCAACUCUGCGCUGAUUUUCCCGAGCUUGAUCUCUCCCAGCUGGACGCCGGCGACUUUGACUCUGCCACCUGCUUCGGGGAGCUGCAGUGGUGCCCGGAGAGCUGCGAGGCUGAACCCAGCCAGUACAGCCCUGAAGACUCAGAGCUCUUCCAGAUAAUCGACAGCGAGAAUGAAGCUCUCUUGGCAGCCCUCACCAAGACCCUGGACGACAUCCCCGAAGACGAUGUGGGUCUGGCCGCCUUCCCAGCUCUGGAUGGCGGAGAUGCACUGUCCUGUGCUUCGGCCUCGCCUGCCCCCUCAUCUGCACCCCCCAGUCCCAGCCCCUCCCUGGAGAGGCCCCAGGGCCCGGCACCUGAGGUGGAUGAGCUCUCACUGCUGCAGAAGCUCCUCCUCGCCACGUCCCACCCGUCCUCGAGCUCCGAUACCCAGAAGGAAGGGACCGCCUGGCGCCAGACCGGCCUCAGGUCCAAGAGUCAGCGGCCUUGUGUUAAGAUGGAUGGCACCCCAGACAAGAAGAUCCCCACAGCUCAGUCUCAGAGCCGGAGUUGUACAGAACUGCAUAGGCACCUCACGUCGGUGCCGCCCUGCCCCCAGACGAAAGCCUGCUCCCCCGACAGGGGCUCGCAGCCGCCACCCGCUCUGAGGCCCCAGCUCCCGGCCAAGGAGGAUGAGGAACGAGGAGAGGACUGCCCGAGCCCCUGGCUGGCUCCGGCCUUGCCGCAGGACUCCCCGGCCCCAGGCAGGGCGGGCCCUGGCACCCAGGUCUCCCAGAAGGACAUGCAAGCCGUGGUGCAGCUCAUCCGCUACAUGCACACCUACUGCCUGCCCCAGAGGAAGUUGCCCCCCCAGGCCCCAGAGCCGGCCCCCCAGCCCUGCAGCAGCCCCUCCAAGCAGAUCAAGCCCCAGCCCCAGUCCCAGAACCCUUCCAAAGCCUCCUGGGCUGAGUUCUCCAUCCUGAGGGAACUUCUGGCUCAAGACGUCCUCUGUGAUGUCAGCAAACCCUACCGCCUGGCCACGCCUGUCUAUGCCUCCCUCACGCCCCGGCCCAGGCCCAGGCCCCCCAAGGACAGCCAGGCCUCCCCUAGCCGCCCUUCCCCUGUGGAGGAGGUGAGGAUCACAGCUUCACCCAGGAGCACAGGGCCCAGGCCCAGCCUGCGCCCGCUGCGGCUGCAGGUAAAAGGACGCGCCGUCCGGUCAGCCAGGCUGCAGCCGCAGGAGGAAGAGGAGGAGGAAGAGGAGGAGGAAGAGGAGGAAGAAAAAGAGGAGGAAGAGGAGGAGGAGGAAUGGGGGCGGAAAAGACCGGGCCGAGGCCUGCCAUGGACCAAGUUGGGGAGGAAGCUGGAGAGUUCAGUGUGCCCCGUGCGGCGUUCCAGGAGACUGAACCCGGAGCUGGGCCCCUGGCUGACAUUCUCCGAUGAGUCUCUGGUCCCUGCAGAGCCCCAGGGAGCGCUGUCCUCACUGCGCCUGCCUCCCGAGGCCUACGACAUGGAGGGGCCGCUGGGAAGCCCCACGGAUGAGGACAGUGGUCAAGACCGGCAGCUCCCACAGGGACCCCAGAUCCCCGCUCUGGAGAGCCCCUGUGAGAGUGGCUGUGGGGACACGGAUGAGGACCCCAGCUGCCCACGGCUCCCUUCCAGAGACUCUCCCAGGUGCCUCAUGCUGGCUUUGUCACAAAGUGAUCCUCCUUUUGGCAAGAAGAGCUUCGAGCAGACCUUGACGGUGGAGCUCUGUGGCACGGCAGGACUCACCCCACCCACCACGCCUCCUUACAAGCCCGCGGAGGAGGACCCCUUCAAGCCGGACAUCAAGCACAGCCCCGGCAAAGACAGAGCUCGCAGCCUUCCCAGCUUGGAGGGCCUCCAGCUCGAGGCCGCCGCGGGGGCCGCCCACAAGCUGCCAAAGAAGCGCCCGGAGCGGAGCGAGCUGCUGUCCCACCUGCGGCCCGCCGCAGCCCAGCCGGCCUCCCAGGGCGCUCAGAAGCGCCCCUUCUCCUGUUCCUUUGGAGACCAUGAUUACUGCCAGGUGCUGAAGCCAGAGGGCGCCCUGCAGACGAAGGUGCUGAGGUCCUGGGAGCCGUCUGCGGCCCACCUGGAGGACUGGCCCCAGCAAGGGGCCCCCCGGGCCGAGGUGCCGGCCUCCGACAGGGAGGAAGACAGAAGCUGUGCCGCCAGCGCCCCCGCUAAGGACGGUGUGCUCCUGAGAGACCAUGAGAUCCGCGCCAGCCUCACCAAGCACUUCGGGCUUCUGGAGAGCGCCCUGGAGGAUGAAGACCUGGCCUCCUGUAAGAGUCCUGAAUACGACACCGUCUUUGAGGACAGCAGCAGCAGCAGUGGCGAGAGCAGCUUCCUCCUGGAGGAGGAGGAGGAGGACGAUGAGGAAGAGGACUCCGGGGUCAGCCCCCCUCGCUCCGACCACUGCCCUUGCCAGAGCCCACCCAGCAAAGCCGCCCGGCAGCUCUGUUCCCGCAGCCGUUCCAGCUCCUGCUCCUCCUCUUGCCACUCCCGGUCACCAGCCAUCCGCAGGACCUUCAGAUGUGAGAGCAGAGGGCCGUGUUCAGAUGGAACGCCGGGCGUCCGGCACGCCAGGAAGCGGCGGGAAAAGGCCAUUCAGGGCGAAGGCCGUGUGGUGUACGUUCGCAAUCUCUCCAGCGACAUGAGCUCCCGAGAGCUGAAGAGGCGCUUCGAAGUGUUCGGCGAGAUUGUGGAGUGCCAGGUGCUGACAAGGAGCAAGAGAGGCGAGAAGUACGGCUUCAUCACCUACCGGUGUUCUGAGCACGCCGCCCUGUCUCUGAGGAACGGCGCUGCCCUGCGGAAACGCGACGAGCCCUCCUUCCAGCUGAGCUGCGGAGGGUUCCAGCACUUCUGCUGGCCCAGACACACUGACUAUGAUUCCAAUUCAGAAGAGGCCCUUCCUGCAUCAGUGAAAAACAAGUACGAAGCCAUGGAUUUUGACAGCUUACUGAAGGAGGCCCAGCAGAGCCUGCAUUGAUAACAGCCUUAACCUUCGAGGAAUACCUCAAUACCUCAGACAAGGCCCUUCCAAUAUGUUUACGUUUUCAAAGAAAUUAAGUAUACGAGAAGCUGAGAGAGCGAGCGCAUGAGAGAACACACGUGAGAGAGAGACUUGAAACUGCUGUCCUUUAAAAAAAAAAAAAAAAAAUCAAUGUUUACAUUGAACAAAGCUGCUUCUGUCUGUGAGUUUCCACGGUGUUGAUGUCCCACUGCCACUUAGUGUCCUCGCUUCUGGCGGGUGGCCCCGGGUGCGCCUCCAAGUGCUGGGUCCGUCACCCAUCUCCCCUUCCGUCCUGACCGACUUCCCUCGUAGACGUGCAGCCGUGUUCACCAUAACUUUCUUGUUCGUAGUAUGUGAUGAUGAAAUUGUUACUUGUGAAUAGAAUCAGGAUUAUAAACACAUUUUUAAUUGAAGAAAAAAAAAACAAAGUAUAUCCUUCCAAUAACGUAUUUAUGGCUCAGAUGUACUGUGCCUGGGAUUAUCGUAUCGCUUCCUUGAUUUUUUAACUAUGCACUGUCGUGAGGUGUUUGCCAUUGAGCUGCUCCGCUCCCUCUGCCGGAAUGUUCGAGAGGCACUUGGGUGCCCGAAAGGCUGGUCCCCAGGGAGGUGCGGCCUGCAGCCACAACGAGGGGCGGAGGAGAGAGGGUUCUGGGACUUCCCUGCCGUGCUGUGCCCCAUGUCUCACUGGGACUCGCGGGUGGGGCCAGUUACAGUCCAAACCAUCAUCUGGUGCCCGCUGGUGCCCAGAAGCUCGCGCCUGGCCUGGGGCGCUCAGAUCCUGGUGGACCUUGUGAGGAAGGCAGGGGAAGGCUGCGUUGUUCUUGUGUGUCCGGGUGAGGUGGGCAGUGCCCCAAGAGGUGAGAUGACUGGCCCCAGGUCCCACAGCCAGUGAGAGGGCAGAGCAGUGCCCCAGCCCAGGCCUCCCGAUUCCUGGUCCCAUGUUCCUGCAGUAGCAGGUAAAGAUGUAAAGUGACAGGGACUGGGGCAGGCGCUCUGGGGGCAGCCGUCCUUCUGGGGGCCAGCCACCGACUCAUCCCACUCCACCCCCCCUUGUCUUUCCCUCUUCCUCCCUUGGAAAGUUGUUUCGGUGGCAUGGGGCAGGGUAGCAGGAGGGCAUGUGAGGGCCGAGAGUGGCUAAGACCAUCUCCAAGGUCCUUUGCGACCCAGACAGCAUUCUGAUUGGGCUUUACUUUAAGGUUUACGUUCCCGAGUGACGUCAGCCCAUGUCCAAGGUGGGUGUUCUGCAGGUGACUUGGGGGCCGGUCGUGAGGGAAGGCGUGGCCAGGCUGGGUAUGAGCUCAUGCUUCUGCUUCAGACAGAGCGGCUCCCAUUUAAUCUCGUGCAUAUAUCAGGGUCCCUUGGGAAAUUUUUGUAUUGAAAAAAGAAAAGAAAAGAAGAAAAGUCCUGCUUGCUUUAAAAAUGUUUGAAAUUGACUCAUUAAACUAAACAGGCUAAUGUUAUCUUUUGCUACUGCCAGGCUUAGAACUUCGAGAAUUCGUAGUUGAUUUUUUUUUUUUAAAGAUUCAAAUACCUUAGUAGGUAUACUGGGCAAAUGAGCUUGUCCUGGGAGGUGAGAAUACUCCAUGCCCAUGGAGAAGGCUGGAGGAAACAGGCUUUAGAAGGAAUAGGGAAUUUGAGUUCCUGGGUAUCAAGUCACUUGACUGCUCUGGGCCCCAACAUUCUUUUCUGUGAAAUGGUUGGAUGAGAAAUAGGCAAGUUGAUCUCUAAGGUUCCUACCAGCUCUGAGAGUCUUAGCUUCUGUGAAGGUGGUAUCUAGCUCGAGAUGGCAAAUACAUACGUGGCACAUGUACCACUACUCCUUGGCCAGUGGCAGACAUAACUAAUCGACCACAGCACUCAUGUCCUUUGAGCUUGAUCAUACCAUUAGAAUCCUCAACACAGUGCUCUGGGCAGCCAUUACUAACGGAUCAGAGUUUAAUUUGGUCUGAUCUUUGAAAGGUUCCAUCAUACAGAACCAGAUGGUGGCUGGGUUUCAUGCAGGCCCAUCCCUGUCUAUGGGCCGUGUUCUGAUCUGUGAGAGAAAAUUCCCCUAAAGCCAUUCGUUGGCAGGACUCCCAAUAAUACUGUGACUCACAACCCCCACUUGAUUGGCCAGAGCAAAUGGAAUAGCGGACGUGACAUGUCUGAGGGAGGCGGGGUUUGUGAAGAUGAACCAAGAGGAGGGACUAUCCACAGCACAGACCUGAACGUCGUAAAUUCCUUUAAUAGCUGUUCACUGCCUAGCACACAGUGGGCAUAUAAUAAAUGGUUAUGGGAUGCAAAAGAAUAGAACUUAAGUCUGCCUGCUGCCCCUGCUACGUCCUGAUUUGCACCCAGGAGUACACUGAGGUUUCAUCCUGUGGAAGCCAAUAGGAAAAAACUCUAGAUUCAGAGUCUGGAGAGCUGGCUCCACCAAGAACUUAACUUUGUGACCUUGCUAAGUCACAAAGCCCCUCCCCGAGCCCUCUGCCCUAGAAGGAGUUGAACUAGAGGUGGCCUAAACCCCUCCUCCUUGCAAGUAUUUGCAGGCUUUCCUCUCUUCCGGGUCAGCUGAGGCUACCCUUCCCCUUCAGAUUAAUACAGGGCACUUGAGGUUGCUUAGAUCACUGGCCCUUGAGCAGAGCCGAGAUCUGAGCGUGGUGCUGAGAGGUAAUGUACCUGAAGUCAGGGCUGGCCAUGGGCAGGAGAGGGUGUCUGCCAGGAGCGUUGGGCAGUUUCCGCUUGCCGGUCUGUCCACAACAGGCUGCAGCUUCUAAGGUUAACUCACCCUGCAGACAGCCUCCAUCCGGAAGACUCCUUCAGUGCUGUGUGUUCUUAACCAAGGAGACUCCAAGGUCUGUCCGGGAAAACGAGUCAACCUUGGCCUCUUGCCCACCGCAUUAGGGAGGGACCCAGAGGGAGCAGCUGCUAUUGGCAACCAUCUCAUUGUAGCUCUGUCCUAGUAUUUGCUCUGGGUGAUGUUUACAUGUGAUUGCCAUAAAAGCUUACUGUAGACUGUGUCGACCACUGCCCUCACUGGGCAGGUCGUCCCGUCCAUCUCUGUGCUGUGCUGGUGUUUCCAAAACCAUCUGAACCAACCGCUAAGUGGAAUUCUUCCAUCUCCUUCCUCAGUCGGUACGAGGCUGGAUCAGAAUCCUCAUGCUUGGGGGUUCUGGUUACCGAAGGAAAAUGCAUCAAAGAGGUAAAGAAUAUGAGUGGAUGGAGUGCAGAGAAGGCCCCCUCCUGGCUUAGCCCUUCACGCCUUGCUCCCAAGCCCAGAAACUGGUCAGAGCACGAGUUAGGGGUCUGCCCCUGCGGUGAGGUCUGGCAGUACUGUGUGGUGACUGUGCUCAGGAGGGGCAGGGAUUCGGUGGCCUUGGGGACAGGAGGAAGACGAGAGGUGAGCUCUGAGCUGCAGACGCUCAGCGCCCAAGUCCUGAUGUAGGAAGAGAUGCAGUGAGAAGUCUUUUGUCGCACAAAGCCUCCACUUGUUGAGGUUUUGAGAGCGAUUUCUUCUAGGCAUGUGCGCCGCGUGCACUGGGGCAAGUGGUGGCUGGGGGCGGUAGGGGAGGGCACUGACACACGGUCCUUCUGCGUGGACAGGUGAGAACCUCAGCCCAAGCCUUGCGUUCAGUUGAAAUCACAGCUGAGCCCGCGGCUUGAGAGAUGGGCCGUCCCAGCUGUGAAGCAGAAUCAGCCCUGAGGAUUGGUUGAUCUGACUUCGGUCAAAACUGCAGGAUUUUUCUUAGCAUCAGAAGUAUAGCAGCUACCCUCAGACCCAGGGGAAGAAAUCAUAUGUACGGUAGCAAAUAAAGUGAACCUCGUGGUUUUGUUGGCCAAAGAAGAAGGAUCCCUGACCCCUGUCCCCUUCCCACCGCGGCAGAAGGAAAGCACCUAGAGCUUACAUGCAAGAUGUUUCAGCUGGUCCUCAAGUCAAGUCCCCGGGGUGUUUGCCCAUAAGGCAAACAGGGCUCCAGGGCUGUUUGCUGAGUCCGGAAGUACAGGGUAAAUGGAGGGAGAGCUUGGGAGCUGGGAAGCCCACAGGAAUGCCCAUGGCCCUAAACAGACGCUGGGUGUGGGGAGCCUCCUGGGAACCAGAAGUGGGCACAGGAUGACACUGCAUUGAACCCAUAAAAGCACUUGGAGAAAACCACAACCCUCUGCCUGGCUCCGUGUUUCUACACUGGCAAAUACGGGCGUCCUUUGGCUUCAGUGAGGUACGCUCCUAGGGACUGGGAUGGGGUGGGGAGCGGGGCUGGUAUGAGGGAGGAGAGAGGUGCCUUCCUAAGGAGCAGCAGGAAAGCCAGUCCUAGGGCUCGCCCCUUGCCGGCCCUUUUGCUGGAGGCCCUAGAGAUAGGGAACGGUGAGUUUAGAUCUCGGUACCUAUUUUUAUAUAUGUAUAAAAAGUUGAAACAGCCCAGCUGACCAAAGUGGGUUUAUAGAGCAAAUCAUUUAACUAUAAGCCAUCUCAGUGAGAAACCUGAUGUUUCUUCCUUGCUGUGGGAUCUGGGGCCUGUGUUCCCUCAUCUAUUGGAUGGAAUGAGCACUCAAGUCCCUUUCGAACCUGAUAGGCUCAGGCUUCUGCUGCGGGGCAUCAGGAAUCCAUCACUCACCUGUGAAACGAAUCCCGUUCUCUGGCUGCGCCCAGCUCGUGUUCAGGGUGAGAGUUCUCUGCAAGGUGACCCACCAGCAGCAGAUUCGAACCCACAGUGGUCCUGGCCGAGUGACCUUGUAUGAGGAGGCCUGCUCCCCAGGACAGAUCUAAGCCAUAGUUUCUUGUGGGGAUGCUGAGAAGUUCAACCCCAACUUGGCUAGGUGGCGAUGUCAAAUCUCACAUUAGCCUCGUCGUCGUCCUCACUGAACAGCUUUUAAUCCGAAUGUUGUGACCGCUUGGCUGUUUCUCUCUUGCUCUCAGACAAUACUAGCAAUACACUUGUUGUUGUUGUUGUUUUUUCAAAAGAGCUUAACUUAGGCACUUUUCACCCAUUUCCUUCAAAUGAUUGUAAAACAUAUGGGGCAACAGGAGGCAUCGACCACACUGCGUGUGUUUAGGGCACCUUUUGCUUUUGGUUUCUUUAAUAAUAUAGCAGUGGUGGCUGAGGCUUUGAGACCCCGGGGGGCGGGUUUUCAGAGAUUCCGUUUCAUCAGAAUGCCUUGCACAUCUGGAAGCAGCAGGAAAGUCCAACUGCCCAAACCGGGGGCUUGGAAAAUACGGUUUUGUAGAUGGUCAGCCCCCGGGCAGAGCAACACCACAAAGACAUGUUUAUAUCAUUAGAACCUGCUCUUUGCUGUCAUGUUCUGUCAGAAGGAUCCUGCAAGGACACCUCACAGAGCCUCACAAAGCCUGGGUGACUUUUGAAGGGAUUAGUCAGUUUCCACCUCAGCACUUUGCCUUAUCAACGUCUGGUCGCCCUCUAGUGGCCAAAGACCGUACCCACCAGCUACCCAGAUGGAAGGCAAAUAAAUCUUUUCGGCGGCCACCUUGCUAUCCAACACCAACUUUGGGAAUUAUAUGUAACGGCCUGAGUGAACCGUCUAUGUGUUUAGAGCCCAGUGUUAUACCAGUCAGAAGACUCCAGAAGCAACCAUUUAGCAGACUCUUGCACAGACCGAGAAGCACACUAGUUAUCCUGUGGGGAAAGGAGACAGGAGAGGACCCUGUGUCCAGGUGCCCGGGAGGGGUUUACUCUAACUGCAAUACUGGCAGCCCAGCUGCUGACCUUGUUAAGUGAACCUCUGCUAGGUGGCCUGCACUGUACCCUCGGGACAAGCAAAGAGGUUGAGUGUGAGGAUACUGGGGGGCGGGGUGGGAUGGGGGGGCUGGCCAUGGCCUUUGAUAUGGUCCACUGAAUAGCCAAACAGGUUUUUUUUGUUCGUCCGUUUGUGUUUGUAUUUUGUAUUUAAAAAUCUUGUCAAGCGUUUUUGUGUUAGGAAUAAAAAGUCAUAAACUAUUCCCAACUUUGUUUCUUAAGGGGUGUUCUGAUUCCAACGGAAACAGGUGGGAAACCUCCAGGGGCAUGUGGUCAGGGUGGUCAGCGGAACGGGGAGGUGGACCACUUGGAUUUCCAGAUGGCUUCUGGAGACCGUGACCAUCCGGAAGUCUGGCCCCGUGAGGGCCGCUCUGGAAAUUCACACCCGCCCCCUUGUGCCACGGUGUUAGCAUUGGCUUUGAGCAUCUGCUUCCUCCAGAGGGAGCUGCUAAUGUUGAAAUCAACUCACGAUCCCUCUCCCCAACCCCAGGUUUCUAAAGAGACUGUGUCUGUAGCUAGCCUUAAUCGACUGGGCGAGGUGGUCCCUAUGGUCCCUUCCAGCAUUUCCAAAUCUUGGACUCAACUCCUCUUCUCUCGGUGUGACCAUACAGCCUAGAGAAUUCUGAGCAAUAGGGAGCCAGGGCUUUCCCCGGCUCUGUGACAGGGUCAAACCAGGGAAUGGCUAAACUUGUCAGGUUUGGGCAUCCCCAGGGGUACUACCGUAGGGGGCAUUAUUUAUUAGGAAGCUCAACAAGGUAACUACAGCCUGGGGUGCGUGAGCGCAAGGCUGUGUGUAUAUGUGUGUGUGUGUGUGUGUGUGUGUGUGUGUGUGUGUGUGUGUAGGUGUGCCUGUCUGCACGUGUGCACGCCUGUGUUUGUGUGUAUGUGUGGAAUUACAUUGAUGCAUUUCUUGAGAAAGGUGCAAGAAUUUCACCUACACAGAGGGACACAUCUGCUUUGUUAUUUAUAAUAGAAAGCUAAAUUUUAAUUUUUUAAAGGACACUGCUAAUGAUUGAGAAUCGAGUUUUUAGUUUUGCUAUUUUUUUUAAUCGGUAGAGGAUUUUUAUAUAUUUUUUCCAUUUUGUUGGGUUGUGUCCUUAUUUAUAUAAAUACUUUAUCUGUAAGAGGCAAGGAAGAAACCUUCUUUGCUUUUAAUUAUUGUGGUUGUCAUUGUCCCUGUUUUAUUUCCGGUGUGAUUUAUCCGUCCUACCUUCUAAAUGAGAAACUGUUUUCCUGUAUUUGUACAUUGUCAGAUUCUAUAGUUUCAUAGAUAAUUUAACCAAAUUGCUCUAUGUAUUAUUCUUCCGUGAGUAUAAAGUUCUAUUUUAACGUCUGUAAAUACUUCAGAACUGGCUUCUUUUCUCAGACUCCCACUGGGGAGUUAUUGUUUACAUCACAAAAACUGUAGAAUCUCUAUGCUCAUGUACUGUAAAUAGUGAAGUGAUCUGCUUAUAAAUAAACUGAACAAAUACACUAUGGAGAUUAAAAAGAAAACACCA